UGGGGCUCAGUUCAAGCGCGGAGGAGGCGGGGCCGAGAGAAUAGUUCUAAUUGAGAAUGCCGAAAAUGAAUGUGGAAAAAAAAGAAAAGAAGGCAGAAAAAAGGAAAAAGCUGAAGCCCCACGUGGCCCAGAAGGGAGAGCUGGAAUCAGAAACUGAACCAAAGAAAAAAAAAGAAAAUCUGCAGUCUACAGAAGAAGAGGAAGAACUUACUGCAGAAGAAAGGAGGAAACUGGAAAGAAAAUUGAAAAAAGAACGUAAGAAGAAGGAAAAACAGCUGAUGAGGGAAGCUGGGAUCUCUAUUAAAAAGGUGGAACCUAAAAAGCCAUCAGGAUCUGAGCUGGCUCUGGCCUAUUUAACCAGGUGGUCUGAAAACCCAGAAGAGUGGAAGUUUCAAAAGACAAGACAAACCUGGCUUCUCCUGCACAUGUAUGAUAAAGAGAAGAGUAUGAACGUUCCAUGAGGAGUGAGAAGCAGAGGUGUAAAUUACUUAGGUAAUUUGACUUAGGUUUGAAACAGAAAUGCUGCUGAGCUUUACAAAACAUGGUACCGAGCAUCUGCAUGAAAGGAGCAUUUCCAUGCUGGAAUUGUUUGUGUCCGGGUGUUUUUCCCUGUCAUUGGUACCAGUUGACUGUGAGUAAAAAGCUUUUAAAAAUACAGAUAUUUUUCAGUAUGUUUAAAUAUGUUUGAUUUGUAUAUUAUAGCAAUACUUCUUGUAUCAUUCCCUUCAGUGUCAGUGACUGUAAAAUUAAAUUUUAAAAAAUCUGUGUUGUUUCUUUAACACACAAGUGUUUGUGUGAAGAAUUAGAAGGUUUCCCAUAGCCUGUAAGUUAUGAGGCUGAACACAGACUUUAGCUUUGAUUUAUUACUUUGUAAUAUCCCUGAUUGAUGAAGGCAGUGUUGGAAUAUUCUUUCUUCCUCUUCUUUUGGAGUGACAGAAGUUUCAGUGAUCAAAGUUAGGCUGCCAAAUGUUGAUGGAGAAUAAAGUUGUAAAUUAAGUAUCUGUUGAAGCUCUGUCUUCUCUGAGAUGUUGAUACUUUGCAGAAUUGAAACAGCCCUCAAAUAAUUAGUCUCCAAUCCUUUAAAUACUUACGUAUGUGUUUAACUUGACUCAUGUCAAGUAUGACUUUUAAAGUUCUAUGUGUAAAGUUAAACAUGGAGGAAAGUAUUUGCAGGAUUAGGUCAUUUUAACAUCUCCUGACUCACAGCAAAAAUAUUCUCUUAUUGGCCAAAACCUGCUCCACAGAUACACAGCAUAAAGAUGCACUUCAACAUGGAUCUGUUCACCUGAUGCUUUUGAAAAUACAUUGGUUUGAAAUACUGAAUAAGUAGUUUGAAAGCCUUUGCUAGGUUAUUAACAAGAUUUUUUAAUAUAAUGAUCAUUUAAAUUGUAUGUUGUAGCAGGUAAGCUAAAAUUUAACCUAUGACUAGUUAAUUACAAAGGGAGUGAGACGAGGGUAGUGCAACUAUAGAUGACUAAACUGCUUUUAAUGUCAGACAUGUUAGUAGAGCCUAUCAGUUUUAGUCAGCAUGAUUUAAAAAUUAUUUUCAUAUGUCUGAAUUCAGUUUGUUUUUCAAAUUAAAUUCUGCUCCUUUGUGUAACCAUUCUGUCCAAGUGCUGGGUGGUGGGUGGUAUCUCAUCUUAGCAAACAAAUAAUUUUGGAUAAUUCCAGCAGAAUUCUUGCCUCAGACAUGUGCAUGAAAUUCUCUCUGAAUUUAGUAAGGUUUGCAUCCAUGUUUCCAAAAGUAGGAUUUGGCUAGUGUUUCAUUUUGGUUUUUUUUUCUUCCAAAAACCCUCACAGCCUUGAGUUCACUGUCAGGGAGUGUUUGCAUUUGCUGAUCAGCAUUUCCACAUCUGCUUAGAAUUUCCUCUCAGAUGCUUUGCCCGUCUGAGCACAUGACGGUCCUCUCACCACGUCCACCCUUCCCAGCAGCUUGAACCUUGCCAAGAAACACUUUCACUCAGAGGUGGGCACUGGCAAAUGCAAAAGCCCAUGUGGUUCUUCUAGUUAUCUUUCAGAUGAUGGUUUGUCAGGACUGUGAAUGAGCUUUGAGAUGGAAGAAAAUAAAGCAGGGUCUUUUUUCUUCCCUGUUUGUUUGGGUUUUUUUU